CCGAUUCCUUGCCUCUUCCCCGUUUAAAUCAUGGAGCAUCAGCCGCUGUUCCCUAUUCCCGGCAGCCGAGCCCCUGCGCGCGCAUCCUCCCGCGCAGUCCCCAGCGCCACCGGCCAACCUCGCCGGCCGAGCUUCCUCGCCUUCAAUCCUUAAGCCGUCGCGCCCCUCAGCUCGCUGGUCGUGACCUCGCCAAGGUUUUUCCCAUGGCCGGCUCACUGCUCAACCCAAACCGAGGUCUUGUACGAAACAGCAUCUCCCAUGGCCGCUGCGUCGCGUUCCUUGUGCUAGCGCAGCUGAACGCCAUACUGCGCAGUGUUUUGUCCGACGUCGAGCUUAGCUCAGUCUCUGUUUCUCUGUGCACGUCGAGUUCCUUGCCGCGCGCUGAGCUUUCUGUCGGUCUCCAACUCGCCAUGGUGUCCAACUCCUGUACCAACCGUGACCUACGCUUGGUCUUCCUAGCUGCGUUGACCUGCGUCGACCUCUGCUCACUUCGCUCGGGAUGUCGUGCUGGGUCGCUCCAUACUUGGUGCACACCCAACCGGGCGUCGCGAUGUUGUGCACCAUGUGUCACCCGUCAUCCUCAUCCUCACCAUGGCCAGCAGCUUCAAAAACAUGGACGCCCAAGCCUUUUCCCCAUCUUUCACGCCCACCUCGGUCUUCAUCCUCAACCUUUGCCAGAAAUUCGGUUAAUUGGGCGAACCAGAAGAUCUCCAGAAUUUUAUGGAUGAAGAAGAAAAUAAAGUCGAAGAGUGACGCUCGCUACAUGCUCGACGAAAGGCGUGAACUGAAGAUUUAUCACUAUUCCUCAAUUGCCGAAUUAAAUUUUAUUGAGGUGAGUGAUUCGCUACUCCUCCAUAAUAGAUCGAAGCAUGGAAUGGUGUCGUAUAUUAGAUGCGAUAAUUUUCUUGUCGUGGUUAGGAUGCGUUGUGGCUGUAUUAAAUAUUCGUUGAUGUAUCAUAUGUGCGAUGUAUGUUUGAAUUGGUGACGAGAAGGAUAGGUCUAGUAUUUUUAUUGACUAGCCAUCAUAUUUUUCAGGAUUAUGCUAGUUUUGUUUAUUAAGAUGUAGUCGAUGCUCGGCUCUAGUAGUCAUUAUUUUCUAUGUUCGGUGACCGAUUAAAUGUCUUAAGUUGAUGAGAACGUAGAUUAGACAAGGAGUGCUUAGGUAGACGUGUAGGUCUAGUACGCUUGAAUCAGUUCUAUGUUUACGACGUGAAGUAUAACGAUGAUGCGUGGAAUAAAUUUAGUAUUUAAUUAAUUAGCUGAUAAGUCGCGUUUAGGCUAAUUGAAUUUAAAGUGUAUGAUUUGUUGUUUGUGAUGUUUGCGUUAGGAUCGUUAAUCUAGAGAAGCGUAAUUAU